CACGCGCAUGAAAAAUGGGCGACUGUCAGCGCUCGUCUUUUCGCCGUCCACUCUUUUUUACCCGGCAUGUCAGCAGCGCGCAGACUACAACAACGAUGCCGUGGUUUAGCCGCUCGGCCGACCGUGAAGAUUACAGCUGCAUCUGAGCACCUUCGUGUAUACGACAAACCACGGGACGAGAACGACCAAGAUGCCCCGAAUUCAAUCUCCGGAAUCCCCGCUUCUGUUAUUCAAGGAGGAGCCCCUAUUCGUCGUCCUGGCCAUACUUGUCCCGACGACGCCCUUAUUGAGUUUCGGGUGCAAAGGAUUGAAGCAAAUUGCUUUCCGAUUGAAACCGCAGCACGUGGAUGCCAUUCGCUCGUCUUCGACGGAUGACGCGAACCGAGAGUGCAGUGUGCGAGUGCACCUUCGCUUCCGUUUGCUCUACACGAACAGCGAACAGGACGACAGUUACCCUUUGAACCUGGCCGUGGAGGUCAACGGUGAAUCUUUGGCACUGCCAGCACCCAUUCCUUGCAAGGUAUCCGGUGGGCCAAUCGAAUGGGUGUACCUGCCCAUUAACAUCGUCUCCUCCUGUAAACUGAAGCCUUCCGUUGUGAACAAGGUGUGCGUAACCUGGCAUCCCGUAAGCGGCCUACACUACGUCGUUGGUCUCUUCUUGGUCAAGAAGCUCGAGGCAGCGACCAUUUUGUGCGGGCUUGAACAGUUGAGCGUGGCUCUGACGAGAGACAAGAUCAAGAAGAAAGCCAAGCGCCGAGCAACCAUAUCCGACGACGUGGCCAUAACCAGGUUCCACGUUUCGCUCACGUGCCCACUGAGCCAGUCCCGGAUGAAGGUGCCGUGUCGCGCACGGUCGUGCAGGCACCUGGACUGCUUCGACGGCUUCAACUACCUGCAGGUCAACGAGCGGAGGCCCACUUGGACGUGUCCCGUGUGCAUGAUGCGGGCGCCUUUGUCGUCCUUGGUCGUUGACCAGGUGUUCGCACACAUCUUGGCGAACGUGCCCAACGACUGCGACGGCGUCGUCUUCCACGAGGACGGCUCCUGGACUCCGUCGCAGAGGGACCACGGCGCCACAAUUUGCGUGACUCCUCCCCUGUCUACCGCUCGUGGUUCUGUGCCGCCUUCGAGAUCCUCGUUCAGCCAGCAGGUCGGGCGAUCCCUCAAGCAGCCGACGAUAGAAGUAAUCGACUUGACCAAUAGCAGCAGUGACGACGAGGCGGACUGUGGUGUGCGAUGCUAACGUUUGGCUCCGUCGAGCUUACCGGCCCGCAACGCUUGCGCGGAGAAUUCGAGAACACUCGUAUUGGGCCCGUUCCCGUCGUGAAAUAGUCCUCCGGUACCAACAGAACCAGUUUUUUUUUUGCGUCGUUUGCGCCAAAUUGUGUUAAUAAUCGCGACUUAUUGAGUUUAAGCAGCGGAGUGGCUUGUGGGCGACAUGUUCCAUCUCAACACGCACGGCGACAUCCGCGUCACGGCUGCUUAUAUACACGAACACGCGGUCGCAAUGUGCUGACUUUUAAUUCAAUUUGAUGGCGCAAGUAAGUAGCACGAAUGUUGUGCUUAAGCCUAUCGCCUAUACCGCCUAGCUCUUUAGCGUGCAACGUUGGGCACAAUGAUAAGUUUUUGCGCGAAUCUCACGAGCGGGGGGCUUCUCGGUGCACACGUCGUGAAGCACAGUUCGUGUGUCCACCUGGUACGUUACCUUAUUUGAUCGCUUUUACCGUUUUAAGAUUUUAGUCUCCUUUAAAAUGCUUUGCUGCUUUCGUAAAUGCUGGAUGCUGAGAGCGAAUCGAAUCAAGACUAUCAUCUCCCCCUGUUAUCGUGCAGCAAUAUAUGCGAAAAAUGAAUAAAAGCAGAUUGAGCCAACUGUGAA